AUGUGGAAGGGGUCGAGUUUCGGGGUUAUUGUUGCCGAAGGUGGUUUUCGUGCCCUCUGGCGAGGUAAUGGUAUGAAUGUGCUGAAAAAUGGUCCUGAAUCUGCCCUUCGCUUCGGUUUUCAUGGCCAAUUUAAGGAACUUCUCUUCCCCGACGCGAAGGAACUCCAUCCCUUCCAAAGACUUUAUGUUGCCAGUCUCGCUGGUGCUUGCUCCUUGACGUGUACUUAUCCUAUGGAGGUGAUGAAAACCCGAAUGGCUCUUCGCAAGACUGGAGAUCCCAACUCACUCAUCAUUUGCAUGAAGGACCUCUAUAAGCAGGGUGGUUUGCGCAGCCUCUACCGCGGUUAUUCGGUGAGUAUGUUGAGCUACGUUCCCUACGCCGGUCUCGAGCUCUCCUUUUUCGAGCUCUUCAAGCGCCGCUACAUGGAGUACUUUUGUGGCUACAAACCAUGUGAUCCUAUGCCCCAUUUGGCCACACCCGUUGCUAUCGGUAUCAUAAUCUGCUCCUCCUUCAUCCCCAUGCUCAUUGUGUAUCCAGCCAAUUUGAUGAGGACAAGGUUCCAAGCAUGUACGGCUGUGAAAUCGCCCAGUAUUUUCAACAUGUUCAUGGGAAUUCUACGGAAGGAUGGACUCGCUGGCUUGUAUAGGGGUUAUCUAACGAGUCUCACGAAAACACUCCCCUCGGUUACGAUCAGUUAUUUGACUUUCGAGGCUGUUAUGGAGUUGAUGGGCCUUCCCACACUUGGAUCCAAAUAA